AUGAUGAAAAUAACAUUUAAAAUGUGGAAAACCUAUUUUUCCGUCUAUUUUCUAAUUUAUGUUUUUUCGCCCACGGAAUCAUAUGGACAAUAUGAUCAAAUAUGUACUAAUAGUUACAAUGAGGAAGCCUGCAAUGUGAUUUCAGGAAACAAAUCUUAUGUUUGUACAGAAGAAACAGCUUCUAAAGCUGAUUGUUUCCUUAACAUGGACAAGGGAAUAUCACGGCUGGCAAUUAUGGACCCUGAACAAUCUUUGUUAGCAUCUGCUUUGGUAUCUGAUAGAGUUAUAGUCAUUGGGACAGUAUCAACAGAAAUUCCACCUUACCAAACAGUUGUGAUAAUUCGCAAGCCUUACAAUGGGUUUGAAUCCUUGAAGGGCAAAAAUUUUUGUCACCCUGGUUACAGUCAUGAUGAAGCUAUUACAAAAUAUGUGUUAGAAGAGUUUGAAUUGAAAAUUAUCAGUUUGAACAACAGCUUCUGUGAUACAGAUGAGAAUAUGACUGUAGCUGAGAAGAAUGUCAAAGCUGUUUCAAACUUUUUUGCCAGCAGUUGUAAACCUGGACCAUGGACAACUGACAGUGAACUAGAUACCAAAUGGAAAUCAACCUAUUCCAAUCUUUGUGAUCUUUGUGGCCCACAAAAAUGUGCCACAAUUUACAAUGUGCCUUUUAAUGAUACCCUAACGUGCCUUACAAAGAAUUCUGGUGAUGUAGCCCUAACUACACUGAGACAUGCCCAAAUAUUUUUUAGUCAGUCUGUUAAUGUGGAAAGCUUUCAGUAUCUGUGUCCUAAUGGAACAGUUAGCAGUGGGCUGAAGCCUUGCAUUUGGACCAAACAACUUGAUCCCCUAAUAAUAACUGAAGGGAAUGUGACAGAUUUUGCUCGGAAUUAUAUCAGAACUCACUUGCAAAAUCAUGGUAUUGAGACUGCUGUAACAAAAUCACUAGAACAAAUUUUUGCCCUGAAGAAAACUGAUAAAAUAACACUUCUCGACAAUCCCGUCCCACUGAAAACCUAUGUAGAAACUUUCAGAUCUAUUCCUAGUGUUCAGAAUAACAGCAAUUGCAACAUGACUCUCAAAUGGUGCACUCUUUCUGACAAUGCACAGAAGAAGUGUUUGUGGUUACAACAAGCUGCUGCCAAUUAUGGCCUGAAACCUUCUAUUGAUUGUGUACCAAACCAUGUAGAUGAAUCUUGUGCAGGGGAUAUUAAGGCUGAAAAAGCAGAUUUUGCUUUUAUCAACAUCACCUAUGACAGUAUGGCUAAGCAGAGUGGCUUGGAAGCUAUAGCCUACCCUGAGGAUGUUGAUGCAAAACUAAUCUCAGUAUUGAUUGUCCUUAGAAAUGAUAGAUCAGAUAUUAAUCACUUGAAGGAUCUUGAAGGAAAAAGAGCGUGUUUCCCAGAAUACGGUGGAAAAGAAUGGCAAGCGUUCAUGGAUGCUAUUAGAAACAAUGGAUUGUUGCCGAUUAGCUGUGAAAAUGACAAGAUAUUUGGUGAUUUUGUGGGUAGCAGUUGCCUUCCUGGUGCCAAAUCACGAUCUUGUGAUUCCGAUUUUGAAACUCGCGAAAAGCUAUGUGCCCAGUGUAUCCCCAUAUCCAACAGACUCACUGCAAAAUAUUGUAAUGCCGAUGAAGGUAACAAAUAUUAUACCAGUGAUGGUGCUCUGAGGUGUCUGGAUGAUGAGAGUGCUGAUUAUGCUGUGAUUUCUGUGAAUGAGGUGGCGCCCUCUACCAACACCUCCAUGUACCGCGUGUUGUGUAAAAACGGCUCUCUCGCUCGCAUCCCGGGGCUCCUGGUGGACGAAAGGGCCCCUUUGACGGUCAUCGCUACCGGCGAGGUGGUGGCUAGGAAUGAUUCGUCGAAAAGGGAUGACAUUGUUCUGCUGCUGAGAGAGAUAGAGGCGGUGUUCGGGGGAAACCCGGGGGCUGUUUUCGAUGCGUUCGGUGUGUUUGAUGGUUCGAAGAAUUCUCUGCUGCCGGACACGAAAUUAGGCCUAGCAUUUGGUGAUGAUGUAUCCAUAUAUGUGAAAAACUUACAAACUUUGAUGAAAAACUCGCAGGAGUGCCAUGUUCCCAUAUCCGUUUCUAGAGCCUCAUACAAUGUGAUACUGCCAACUGCUUUGCUCUUGAUGGGAUUUUUAAUUUUAAGAUUUUGAUUUGA